AUGGUGAAGUUUUUUGCGUUGGCGCUCACAGCACUUCAGCUCAACCUGAGAAUGGCUCGAGGAUCUGAGCUUGAUAUUGAAGAAGAAUUUGCGAUUGCUGGAAUUCAGCUGCCUCCAACAAAUGGACUAGCCGGACGACGAUUUCAACCAUCUGCGGAGCUAAUGAAUAACACUGGCCCCGGGAUUCAAGAAAAACUCUACGAAAUGAACACGCUUUACACAAAAUACAAAACCAACAGGAACGCAUUUACGACCCAAGAUCAUUCAAAUCUGAGCACUGAAGCGGCCAAGGACUUCAACUUUGAUCGAUUCUGCUUCUACGGCUGCUACUGUCUGCCAGACAAGUCGGUUCAUGAUGACUCUCCCGGACUUGGAAAGCCGGUCGAUGUUAUCGACAACUCUUGCAAAGAACUGAAGCAGUGUUACCAAUGUGCCGGAAAGGACACGAAAGAGGACACUGGCGAGCAUUGCGAUCAGGAAUCUAGCUACAGUAUGCAACUCAUCAACGACGCCAAUGGGCAAAAAGACGUUCUUUGCACGAAUGAGGAGGGUUCUUGCAGAUGGAGAAUUUGCCAGUGCGACAGGAACUUCGCUCACAAGCUCAGAGAUCAGUUCUACAAGGGCUACUACAACGCGCAAUACCGCUACAAUCAGGCAACAGGCGACGGUUUUGACCGAAGCACCUGCCAGGCAAUUCAAGUUCCCGGCGAGAAAAAACAAUGUUGCGGAAGCUACACAGCGAAUCUUGCGUACCAGCAACGGCAACCCAUCUCCAGUAAUACGCACCAAUGCUGUGCCGAUCAGAGGAUCAAGCUUUGUUGCGAAAAUACAAGUUUUUGGUUGGAUUUUUGGGAGAAAACGAUUUUCUAG